CCUUUUCCACACCUCCUGCCUCCUCCUUAAGUGACUCAGCCUCUGAAGUAGAAGUCUCUUGACUUUGCAGACAGCUGGAUGGAGAACAACAGUUCGGCUCUCAGUCUGCUUUGAUUAUACCUCACUUCCAGGUAUCUCCAGGUUGACUUACCAUACUGAGCCACACUAGGACAUUGACUUCUACCAUAUCUAGAUUCCCACAGAACGACACCCCACUGAAGAAAAUGUCGGUCUUCAGCAUACGAAAGCAGUCUCCUAAUCAAAGUGAUAAUAAGAGCCCUUCUGUUGCAAUUAAAAGCAGACAGCAAGUUAAUCAUGAUGUUAACAAACGACGGACCCUUCUGCAAGAUAACAGCUGGAUAAAGAAGAGACCUGAAGAGGAAAGUGCUGAUGAAAACUAUGGAAGGGCUGUGCUUAACCAAUACAAAUCCCAAGAUAGCCUACACAGUGCAAAUGAAAAGGAAGAUCAGAAAACUGUACUUGGACGAUACAGAUCUGAUACUAACUUGGACAGAAUUCCAGGCAGUAGUGAUAUCGACAAAAUAAAUAAGUCUCCCACUCUGAAUAAUAAGCAAAACAAUAGACAAUCUUGGACUCCUAAUGCGUCCUCUGCAAACACUCCUGCCACUUCUCCAAUCAAGAAAAAAAGACAAUCUUGGAUGCCUCCCCCAGUUUCAAGUAAUAAGACCACAACAGAAACAGUGGAAUUCAAACAGGCCCCUUCAUCAGAAAACUCAAAACAUCCAACAAGUGCUGCUUUUUCAUCAGAACAAGUAACCCCUCAAAAAUCAGAGACUGAUGUAGAUGAUCAAGCAAGCAGUCAAGAUCUUGAUGACCUCGUCAAAGUGAAUCCACAGUCUUUCACAAGAGACAAGGAAGUAAAAGACCUUGAGGAUUUUACUGAAAUAAAUGCUGCUUCUCAGAAAAAUAAGAGAGAUGAGGACCUUGGUGAUAACACGGAAGUAAAGUCUACUGAUGACCAAAGUAAAAAGGGCAUAACUAUGCAAAUAUAUGAAAAUCCUCCAAGUGCUCCUAACAAUGUCGCAGAAGUAACCUACCACAGUGACAGCAAAAGAAAGAGCAGAAACUCAUCACAUCAUGCCUAUGAAGAAAAUAUAACUGGAAAUACUAUCAAAACUGUUUACUCUACUUCUGAUCAGAGUAUAAUUGGAAAAGAUAUAUGUACAUACUGCAGGAAGCCCUUGGGUAUAGAUGCCAAAAUGAUCUUAGAUGCCUUGCAGAUUUGCUGUCAUUCAACUUGCUUCAAGUGUGAAGUAUGCAAAAGACCACUGGAAGAUCUGAAAGCAGGAGACAGUGUUUGGAUUUACAGACAAACUGUACAUUGUGAGCCUUGCUACUCCAAAAUUAAGGAAAAAUGGAUCUACUAAUUUUGACAUUCAGAAAGUAAGACAAAGAAAUUCCACUAGUGUUUAAUUAAGUGUAUUGGCCUGUUACUUCAAACUGCUGAGGAACAUGAUCAAUUUUUAUUUCUAGAAAUUCUCUACUUCAUGGUUCCCAAAGGAAUUAAUUUCCAUGAUAAUUUAGAUGCCUUUUUAUACACACGUUCCAGAAAGCAAAACAAGAUAUCGUUCGGUAUAUUUAUCAGAUCUGUGAAAUUGCUAAACUGUAUGUAAAAACUAAUGAUAACUUAUUGAAAUGUUCUGAAUAGUAGGACAUACUUACACAUCAGUUCUGAAGGCUGUUUGUUCUUUUUAUUGCAACCACAUCUCCUUAGAAAUAACAAACUGUUUUCUCUGUGAAGCAUGAAAGGAAUUCAUCUCAUCUAUGAUUAGCCGUCUAAAAGUCAGUUACUCAGUUUAAACUACUGGUUUCAUAUAGAGUGAGGAGAGUUCUUCUUCACCCUUUGAAGACAGACAUGAAUCUUCAGAGGAAGAUUCUUCCCAAAUAACUUAAAUGAUAACUUUAAGAUAGAACAAAUGCCUUUGGAAAAUACAUCUAUCUUUAUUAACAGCAGAGGUAUUAUAAACAGAAAAACUGUUAGGUGAGUUAUCUCAGUAGUAUCCCGCUCCAUGUCUUUAAUCCUGGUAACUAUUGUAUUACCAGUUGUAUUUUUUUAAGAAGUGCACACUUCAUAGCUGCCAUGAAGUCACAGAAUACAUACUUUGCCUGACAUUAUGUGGUAUUUAUCUUUCCUACUCUAUUAAGCUGCCUGUCUGAAUAUCUGGGAUGGAUUAGUCUCUUCUAAAUUUAAACAUCUUUGGUGUGGAAGUAGAUACUUUUAGGAAGUGGUUGGUCAGAUUGAAAGGAUCUAUUUUAUGAUGAGGUUAACCAUGUUAUGAACAGAUGUUUUACUUUCCAUUGUUUACAAAGGAACCUGGGGUAAAUAUUUCCAAUCUCUAGACAUCUAUAUCAAGACAGAUGACCUCCUUCUCUUGAGCCUAUGUUGAAAGCUUUUUUUUUUUUUUUUUUGGACAGUGUAUGUCUGUUGAAGUACAGAAACUGAAGUAAGAGUUCACUCUCUGUCAUGUUUCUGCAACACUUAUUUGCCUUAAUUGCCUAAAAUAAUUAUUUCAGUGGUUUACUGGAAAAAAACAAAGGCAUUGACCACUAUUCUAUGCUUUGAGGUGUUUUAGAUCACCAUAUUCAGAGCUGAUUUUCCUUCUGUACCUCUCAGCUGAAAAGGACUUCUUAGGUAUGACUGUGACAGAGUUGAGUGCUUGGAGGCUGCUGGACCUGAGCAGAGCUUAGAAAACUGAAGAGUGCCAAAUCCAUAGAUUAAUGUUAGACUGCUGAAUGUCUGUCACAGCCUAAUUCCUCUCCUUGUUUGCACCUGCUCUAGUGGAGACGGGAGGUAAGAAUUUCUGUGUGAUUUAAACCAUUGGGCCCUCAACUGAAUAACAAUGCAGUCUGUUUGGCCUGGUUUAAACCAUGUACAUACUGUUGUAUGAAAAGGAGUCAUGUAACAGUAGAUAAUUUAACUAUUUUUAUGAAAAAUGAUUAUGUAUUAAUGACAGUACCUUUAGAAUAUCUGUUAUUAUAAAUCUUUUGUGUGCCCAUUGCUGAUGACACGCUGUAGUUAAACUAUUCUUGAUAUUGUCCUGUGCUUUACUGGGGUAAUGAGACUUGCACAACUGGUGGAGAAAAUCCAUAGAGGAGUUUUAAUACUGGGUCACAAAUUUGGUCCUGUUCAGAGACCAACAGUUAUUGCUAAGGCUGAAUUACAGUGGAAGUUGUUGGAUAUUCACCUGAGCCAGCACAUUAGAAUCCAGUAUAUCCUAGUGUUUGAGAAACCAGGAAAAAACUGUGGAUCCAAAUAUCUGCUACUUGAAUGCUCACUGACAGAGAAGUAGCAAUACAGAAACAAUAAAUAAUAAUUCUGUGCUCAUUAAUUCCUCCUUGCUGAACAGCCCUGGCUAUUUUGCCAUGUGAAUUGAUUUAUUUUUUUUUAAUUAUUGUAUGUUGUAAUUUUUCUGAAAAGAAACACCAGUUUUGUGAUGUUUGAUAUUUACCAUAUAAAAGCAUGGAUAGCCAUACUCAUUUAAAAAAAUCAUAUUAACAUCUCAAUAGUGAUGUAUCAAAACGUAAUUGUUUUUUGUCCUUUUUGCAUAUCAUUAGCAUGUGGUGUUUUAUUUCUCUUUGACUGCUACUUCCAUGAAACUAUCCAAACGAGCAGUUUGCUGACAGCUGUUUUAAUGGUUAUCUUCAAUAAUGCAUUAAAUUAGACUGAAAAGCUGUAUUGAGAGGUGAUGUACUAAAUUAUGUGGGAUUUUGUGAUUCAUCAGGCCCAUUUUCUCAAUGUGUAAUGGAUACUUUCUUUUGCAAAUCUUGGGCAUAACUCUACAGGGGAAAAAUUCAUUCAUGCAUAUAAAUAUGUAGAUAGCAUCAAAACUAGUAAUAUUUACAAGUAGAAGGAUUGUCACAAGAACUGUUGCACUGUUGUACUGUAUUCUGCUGUAUCCUAUGUAGGUUGUUACAGAACACUCAGUCUUUGCUUGAAGCAAAGUGAUAAACACGUUAAUAUUGUCUUCUAGUCUUUUUCCUCUUGUAAUAAAUGUCUCUAUGAGUUUGACAAGA